CCCAGAGAGGUGCUGACUGGGCAGACCUGGACACAUGGCUGAGUCAGAGUCCAGUGACCCCGGGAGGCCUGAGCUGGAGGUUCUUGCCGGUGCUGCUUCGACAGCGGUGCUCAGCCUGCUUCACGGGACAGGGUGAGGGUGUAGGUGGUGACCCACUCGGAAUGCCCCUCACGGGAGCACCCACUGGGGCACUCCGCACACAGCCCCUCAGCCCAGCCCCUUCCAGGUUGGACCUUGCAGAGUGAGGUACCGAUGCGACAGGUGGGCACCUGGCUCCUGACCUGCACCUGCAUCUGCGCCUGGGUCGGCUUGGGCGUCUCUGUCCCAGGGGACGGAGGAGGGUCACUGUUCCCAGGGCCUGGGACUUUCACGUGCCACACCAACAACAUCCUCAGGAUUGACUGCCACUGGUCUGCUCCAGAGCUGGGCCAGGGGGCCGGCCCCUGGCUGCUCUUCACCAGCAACCACGCUCCAGGCAGCAAGCACAGGUGUGUCUUCCGGGCCAGCGUGUGCACCGUGGAGCUGCCACCCGAGGAGGUGCUCGUGCCUUCUGACAAUUUCACCAUCACCUUCCACCGUCACGUCUCUGGGAAGGAGCAGGUCAGCCUGGUGGAUCCACAGUACCUGCCCCGGAGACAUGUGAAACUGGACCCUCCCUCUGACUUGCUGAGCAACAUCAGUUCUGACCGCUGUGUCCUGACCUGGAGCAUCAGUCCGGCCUUGGAGCCGCUGGCCUCACUCCUCAGCUAUGAGCUGGCCUUCAAGAGGCAGGAGGAGACCUGGGAGUGGGCUCGGCACAAGGAUCACAUCGUUGGGGUGACCAGGCUGAAACUUGAAGCCACUGAAUUGGACCCUGGUUCCACCUAUGAGGCCCGGCUGCGUGUCCAGAUGGCCACACCGGAGGACGCGGUGGCAGAGGAGGAGCGCUACGAGGGCCCAUGGAGUGACUGGAGCCAGCCCGCCCACUUCCACUCCCCCCAGAGACAAGGUCUCCUGGUCCCAGCUUUGGGGCAGCCCAACAGCACCCUGGUCUCUGUAUCCAUCUUUCUCCUGCUGACCAGCCUGACCUACCUACUGUUCAAGCUAUCACCCAGGAUGAAGACAGCCUUGUGCCAGGACGUGCCAUCCCCAGGCCCGUUCUUCCAGUCCCUGUACAGUGUGCACAACGGGGACUUCCAGACCUGGAUAGGGGCCCACAGAGCUGGUCCACAGCCAAGCCCGGACUGCAUGGGCCCCGCACGAGGAGCCUGGGAGACGCGUGUCCAGGAGGCCAUCGCUUUGCUCACCUGUGACCCGGUGGGCGUGGGGCCGUUAGCGGGCCUGGAGGAGGAGGGGAGCACUGGCACCGGCCUCCCAGCAGAUGCGCUGCCCGCAGGAUGUGUGGAGUGGGGGGAGCCGCCGCCCGCCUACCUGCCACAGGAGGCCUGGGCCCCCGCAGGCCCUACCAGGCUGGCUCCCGUGCAGUCCCACGGCAGCAGCAGCGACUACUGUGCCCUGGGCUGCUCCAGGUGGGGCUGCCCCUCCACCUUCACAGGAAACGCGCAGAGCUCUGAGCCCGACCCUGACUUGGCCUGUGGCCUUUUCUGUGACCAGCGGAGGCUGGAUGCCCAACCAGGAGGUAACUGUGCAGGCAUUGGUCACAGUCAGAGGCAGGACGCUGGUGGAUGGGCCGCAUGAGGCCCUUCUGCUCUUGGCAGACCGUGGGCUCUGUCCCCAUGGUGCUGCAGCACGUCCAGCCUGGGGAACAUGGACCAAAGUCCCCAGAGCCAACGCUUGACUGGCACUGGACCUGCGGAGGGCCACCCAUGCAGCAGUCAGAUGUCCGGUCUGGAUGGAGGCAGGAGGCUCUCCCCUCCUCCCCUCCCUCUGCAUUUGUUGGGAGGGGGCUCUGCCCUCAGCACCCUGCCGUCCUGGCCCCCCGUCCACCACUUCCCUCCCCGCUUCCUGGCUUAACCCCAGGGCCCACCGCCAGUUCUGCCCUCAGUCCCUUAAAGGGCCAGCCUGGGCCCCGUGGACACAGGUGAGACACCAUGACCAGGCCUAGUGUCCUGUUUCUGUGCCUUCCUGAGGUCUCUCCCCUACUGAGAUUAAAAGGGACAUAGCAGCUGUUUCAAACUGCUGGUGGCUGGGAGAGGGGCCCAGAGGACAUAGGAAGGGUGGCGUCUGGCUAUUCCUGGGCUUUCUGGGCUCCACGAGUAGCAGGGGAGGCUCAGUGACCAGCUCCAGGGAGGCCGCCUCCCCACCCCUCCUUGUCCGCAUCCUCCCAUGGCUCCCGGGGGCUGAGAGCUGUGGCCAGAGCCCCCAAGGGUCAGGGCCAGAGUGACCACCCAGCAGUGAUCUUGGCCUCUGAAGGGCCCUGACUCUACCCCCACCCCCGUGGUCUGGAGAGAGUGGGACAGAGCAGAGGGCGCCUGUGUCCGUCCCUUAGGGCUGCCGUAACGAAGUCCCACAAACUAGGUGGCUUAGAACAACAGAGAUUUAUUGUCUCACAGUUCUGGCGGCUGGAAGUCUGACAUCUAGGUGUUGGCAGGGCCGUGAGGGCACCAGGGAGGAUCUGAUUCAGGGUUCCCUGCACCUGUGGGAGUUUCUGGCUUGGGACAGCGCAGCUCCAGUCCUCACAAGUUGUUUUCCCUCUGUGUGUUCCUGUCCAAAGCCUCUGUUUUUAUGCCAAUGUAAUCAUAGUGGAUUAGGGCCACCCUGAAUGACUUUAUUUUGGCUGGAUUAUCUGCAAAGACCCUAUUUCCAUAUACGGUCAUGUUCACAUGUACUGGGGGUUAAGACUUCAACAUAUGAAUUUCUGGGUAGUGCCCCUGCCAACCAUGUCCACCUCCCUGCUGGCCUGAGGCGCUGUGGUCCCUCCUGGGGCAGCCCUUUCACUCUUAGUGGGGGCCUCAGGCAGGAGACCCUAUCCCGCUGCCGGGCUGUGGGACUUGGGUCUGGUGCUGGGAUCCUCCACCCAGUGAGGGCUGGACCAAGAGUGUCCUGUCGUUGGAGGUGCUGAAGUACUGAAUGUGGACAGAUGGAGGUCUGUCUCCCUGUGUGCUGAGCCAGAGGGGGCACCUCUCUGGGGGCUCCAGGGUCCCCUGCAGCCUGAGCAAAGAGGAGCACAGGCAGCCCCAGGCCCCCGAAGGCAAAGGUCCCUCUGGCUCAGACAGGCCUCCCCCUCCCCUCUGUGUGCCUGUGGAGCCCUGAGGUUUUGCGGGGGCCGCAGCAGAGCCGGAUCCUGGUCAGCAGGGACGAAGAGGACCCCGCAUGUAUCUUUAGUAUCCAGAGAGCGGAGGGGUAUAGACGGAAAUGAGGCGCAGGCACCAUCCGCUCUAACCAAGGGUAAAAAUACCAGCGUGACUCCACUUCCUGGAGCCAACCCUGGAACCCCCAGCUGCCGUGUAUGACAGCAGCUGCAUGGCUCCUGUGGCUUCACGUGGACUUGAGCCCCCAUGGGAUUCCACACCCGGGGACAGUGUUCAUUUGAGUAACACAUUCAGUCCUGGUGGCGCCUGAGUGAGGAGCCACUCAG